AUGAAGCGGGCAUUCGGAGAGGAGACUGGGAAAGCUCCGGCAUCGGACAUGCAGGAAGCAGCAGGCAGCGCAGUCCGGCUGCACGACGAGACUGCUAAUGCGCUCCUGCAGAAGUUGUUGUGCAAUGCAGAGUUCCAGCAACUGGCAAAGCAUUUGCUGGGGGCCGCGGACGGAACAGAAGCCGCUGCGCCAACUGACCAUGCAGAUAUCGAGCUCGAGUCAAACACCUCAUCUGGGAAAAACAACGUCGGAGCGAAGAAUGGGACAGCCCCGGCAAUGCCGGGGAUCCAGGAAGAGGAAGGAGCGGAAGGCUCGGCAGGCAUCCGGGUGUAUGAGGAGAGUGUUGACUCGCUCCUGCAGAAGCUGCGCAAUGAGCAGUUCCAGCAAAUCGCAAAGCAAUUGCUGCACAAAAAAGCCAUGAGGCUCGACAACGUGCUGCCGAGAAUGGCGGUGGAAGUAUUCCUGCAAAGGUACUCGAAUUCUGAGCGUGCCGACCAUUACUUCAAGCACGAACAGACACGUCAAGGUGUUAUUGCGACGCUGGUGACGCCGUCCUUCUUUGGUUCAAGUUUUCGGGGUCCUGCCAUGUACACGCAGACUCAAGCCGAAAUAUCCGCUUGCCAGCUCUUCGUGACGGAUAAAUACGUUCUCGAGGCUGCUGAGUGGCUACCGCCUCCAAUGGAGACCAUUCGUAAGCUUGUUGCCUUCAGCAAACACCAGAAACAAGCGGUUCGUGAGAGGGGCUAUGACACCACCGUGGUUCAGCGCGACCUGCUUAACUGUGUGUAUGCAGGUUUUCGAUCGCUCGGCCCUGGGUUUGCUUUAGCGUUUGCCCCUAACAGCGUCCAAUGA